ACUUUGUAUCCAGAAGGUAAAAGAGAAGCUGACCGCGCCUGUAUAGGUCUUUAUUUCCUUGUUCGACGUCUAGUCCACUCGACCGUUGGUUAUUACAUAUCCGGCAAUCUCAUCUUUUUGUAUUAUCAAAGUCUUUGGUGUGAAAUUAUGGCGAUGAAAACAGCGCGUUUUCUAAUUGUCAUCGUCGUGUUGCUGAUCACCUCAUCAGGCGGCACUGACCAUGUUGCAACACCCGAGUCGUCCGCAGGCUUCGCCAGCAACUCUACUAUUACAGUCUCACCGCUCCCGAAGGCACCGCUAGAGAAAAACCAGGAAGCACUAGACUCGCAAGGCGGGAGAAGCGCUGUACUCGACGCAAUGGAAUUAAUCGAUCCUAAGGCGAGCGAACAAGUUCUGGAGCUCAUUGUCAAAAUAGCGGAACAUCCGGCUAUUUGGAAACAGAUCCAUCGAGUCUUGGAAACUCUGGAAGCGAACAAUGCCGCCUACUCUCAAAGGAUUUAUGCCACUCGCAGUGAAUUAGGUUGGAUAAAUAAAAGAUUGGAUAGGCCCGGAGACAAGAGAAACGACGUACCCGAUGACAAAAUGACCAUUCUUUCGAACGUAACUAGUGCCGAUGUCGAUAUCUCACCUCUUCCUUCAUUGGAGACGACUUUCCAGCGAUGGAGGGACGUCCUGUUCGCCUCCACCGUUCCUAAAGAGCCUCGACUACUUCACCCGCAACUGGAGGUUUCGGAGAAUAAUAAACAAACCGGGGAAUCAAAGAUGGAACAAAGUGUCCAAGGGCGAUAUGGGUCCUCAUCAAGUCCAAUCAAUCAGCCAGAGCAGCUCCGAUCAGAAAAGAAUUUUGAAGAACGACUCAACGAAAUCGAAGAAGAGCUGAAAAAGUUGACGAAAUUCAGCCGCAUGAUGCCGCUUAAAUUGAAACACCUGGCCAACAGAGCAGGCCACCAGCAACAAGAUAAACGAACCAAAGCAAAGACGACCAAAAUAUUCUUGAAGAAUUUGGCUUCUCAAAAUCAAAGUGGCGCGCUGGAUGAUUCAACGCCAGUCACUAAAAGUCACCCCAAGUUCCUGUACCAUAAAGUGCACAACACUACUAGUCAACCCGGGCCAAGUAGUCUGCUGGGGCCGAAUUUCUGGAAGAAAAUUGCUUCGCUAAAACACAAUGGUAGCAAUCCGACAUCUAGACGCAAUUCUUUCGUCGCUGUUUCAAUAUCACCCCCGACCAGUGACAAAUCGAAGCGUGACGAACCGUUAAUUGGAAAUGGACAGCAUGAGCAAAGGAUACUAGCAACGGAGCAGGUAAAAUUGGAAUUUACGAAACCCUGUAAGAAAAUUCACAACAUCCGGAAGCAAAAUAAACAGCGAACAGCAGUCAUCAAAUCGUCUGCUAUUAACAACGAAUAAUUGGCUAAUGAUAGACGGGGAAAAAGUUAUUCAAUCGUCAUAAUGAUUUAUAAUAUUUUAUUCUUAAUGGGAUUUAUUCUUUCCAUGAUUGAAAAUAUUGGACAGUGUAACCAUCAUGCACAAUUUUAUUGUCCUGAAAACAAUAUAGGUCUGAAUCGUCAUUAUUUAGUUUUUGCGCAGAUAUAAAACAGUUUCGCACUUUAUUAAAUUUUACUAUUUGUCGUUCACUUACCGCGGUGUGCAUCUCGUAGCUAUAAACACUUGAAAGAUACACGUAAAUAAACUUGUUGUCCAUUUCUAGCUGUAUGCAGUUUUUUUCAUGUUAAUGAUUUAUGUACCGCGAUUGUUGCAUUCAGAACGAUUCAGAAAUGCGAAAUUUGACAUAAUUUGCAUUUUUCCUGUUGCUGCUAUUAACAUGUCCCAGAGAUGUAUAAAUAGAAAAAUGAACAAUGUA